AAAAACUAAAUAUAUCUAAGACAUCUAUACAAUAGACAAAAACUAAAUAUAGGCAGAAUAAGAUUUACUAAAUAACGCUUUAAAAGAACAACUAAUUUUUACUGUGUAGCGAUGUUAAAUAGACCUCGUUUAAAUUCAAAUAAAUACUAGAUUUUUGGGUGUUCCCCUUUCUUUUACAAUUCAUGUUUAAAAAGAAUCAAGUGUCCUGAUAAAAUAUUUGGAGCAAGGUGAAGUUUUUCAUGCAAUAGUAAACAGCCUCAGCAGUCAGUAUCACCCUUUUUCGAGUGAGAAUAUGUGUAAAAAAUGUAGUUUUUUUAAGGGUAGGAGAUUUUCAGAUCAUUAGGCCCGUUUCAGCCUUGCGAGAAAUAAGAUAAAUAAUCGCCUAAAACUAUUUUUUCAUGACAGUGUUACUAACACUGUUAGUAAUAAAUGUACUAUUUCACAUUUGGAUAUUGGUUAAGAGAAAUAUUUAGGCUAUAUCGAGAGUUUGGUAUACUUAUUUGCAUUUAAACUGUUUGGUGCUUAUAGUUUAUUUUAAAUUGGUUUACCCUGAUUUCUCUGGUUUAAAGUUUAUCAUUGUCUUCAAUGAUCUAAGGCUAGUAGAACAAAAUGGGAAAUUCACAGUUGCGCAGUUCUGCCAUAAUGGUGUCAAGAAACAAGUUGAAUUCUGAUGAGCUGACUUCAAAAUGUUGUAGUGAAAUAAGCUACAAAAUUGGUAGUGAUUGGUUCCGAUGGGGACAACAUCUAGGUUUAAGUGAUUCAAGUCUUGAUAACAUUGGCUCUGAUAAUAUAAAAAAUUACGAGAAAGCUGUUAAUGUUUUAAAAAAAUGGAAACAAGUAAAUGGAAAUCCUUCAUGGGAGCAAUUGAAAAAAGAGUUGAAAUCUUUUGAGCGUUUAGAUAUAGUGGUUGAAAUUGAGAGGCAAUUUAGAGAUUAUUUAUCUAGUUCAGAAAAAAUAAGCAUAGAAAGUAGAAUUCCACAAGGUUGUGUAUUCAAGUUAGAGUUACGUGAAGAUGAAAUUUUUAGGAAUGUUGAGUUCAAAUUGUACAAUGAUGCUAAUAAUUGGACAUCUAUUGAUAAUAAGAAACAUGCAUUUGAAUAUUAUUUAACAAAAAAAAAGAAUUCUAUGUUGUUUGUAAAAAUAGAAAACUUAUUGUUCGAAAACGAAAAAGUUCAUUUAAAGUUUUUGUUUCAAAAUUCAAAAAAAAGAAGUUAUCAACAGGAUUGUUCUGUUAUUAUAACAGGCAAUUGCAACUAUGAACUUACUUAUAAUGGGUUGAUGAUUGCAACACCUGAACCAAUAUUUAACAAUGAGUUCAACAUAAAUAUAAGAAAUAUAAGUUCUCUUGAUUGGAGAGAGACUAACAACACUCAUUUAAAUAAAUUACCUCAUGAUAAAUCGAUAGAAUUGUGUGCAUUAGAUUAUUUUAAUAGAAAUUUUCCAGAUUGUAAUGAAGUUAUUUAUGUUUCUCCUUCAAUUGCAGACAUCAAUAGGUUUUCAUUUGUUUCCAAGUUUAUUGACUUAUUUACUGUAAAUAGAACAGGCAUACGUGCUGUAUUACCUGGUUAUCGUUUACGUUAUCAUGCAUCCCUUUUAAAGUGUAAUGUUGAAAAAUUUACUAACUAUAAUGAUAAAAAUAGAAUAACAAUUUUUUGCUCUGAGCUCAACCUUGUUAUAAUUGCUCGUGUUGCUAAUUCAAUGGAUUGCAUCAAGCUGGAAUCUGAACACUGCUUAAAUGAUGUUAUAUUAUUUGUUAAUGUUAGCAAUCCUCUUAUUGAGACUUAUAAAAUGAAUAUUUUGGGAAUUGUAGUUUUACCUUUACACAAUCGUAAACAAUUAAAGAAAGAAUUAUUUUUUUAUUUCUCUGAAAGUUUUGAUUUAGAUCAAAUUUUAUUUUUAUGUAAAGAUGACAUCGAAGAUGAGAAUUUUGAAAGUUGGUGGAGAUCAGUUAUUGCAUACUGCAUUAAAAAAGUAAACAUGCAAAAUAAAAAUGAAAUGCUGUUUAAAAAACUCAUCAGCUUAACUAUGAUGUCUAUGGCUAAAGUUGAUCAUUGUUUUCCAACAUUAGAAUCUGAUACUCAAAAACAGAUACAAUCAUUGAUUCUUAAUGUUGAACAAAGGAAUGCAAUUAAUGACAAAGCACUGAAAAAAAUUAUCACAGGAGGAUAUGGUUCCGGAAAAUCUAUAGUGGGAAAGGAGAUAGUUAAAAAUUGUAUAACACGUAAGUCAGAAAAUUCUUUUACAUUGUAUUAUAUAUGUUGUAAUCAUUUCUCUUUGUAUGAAUGCCAUAUGAAGGAGUUUGUUGACAGUAUAGAGAAAACUUCCAAUGUUACAGUUGUUUGUGACAAUUUGUAUAAUUUGUGGAAAAACAUGUGUCAGAAAAAAAAUAUUUUUAAAAAGACUAUUUUUCUUCCAAAAUUACUAGAGUAUUUGGCUAACUCAAACAGUAAUAAAGUAGAUUUUGUCCUCGAAGAGCUUUCUGAGGAGUAUCUUAAAAUAGAAGAUGCAAUUCUAAUUAAACAUUUAUUUACAUCUGUUUUAAAAGAGUCUUUAGUUGUUUUUAUUCCUGAGAGCAUUACAAAGAAUCGAAAAUUUGUAACAAAUAAACAAAAGCAUACACUACAAAGAAAUUGCUUUCAAGAAGAAAUAAUAGGAAUGAAGGUCUUAUCACUAAGUAAAUCAAUGAGAGUUACCCUGUGCAAUCAGUUAUUAAUAGAUACUACUCAAAAAGCUAUUUGUAAAACAAAAAAUGUUACAAACUUCCCAAACACAAACAUUUUUGGAACAUUACAAAAAAUUGAAAAAAAGAAGUUGUUUGAUGGUAAAGAUUUGCAGGUUCAACUGCAGCAAAGUUGCUUGUUGACAGUUGAUUCUAGAGAUGACUUUAAAACUAAAACUGAUACAAGUAAAUCGUUAGAUAUUCUCAACAUAUUCAAUCUCAUCGAAAAUCAUGAAAACCAUAUCAACCAUGAAAUUAAAGCUAAAUAUACAUCACAAAAUGAUUUAAAUGACACAACACAUAAUGAUUUAAAUGACACAUCUCAUAAUAAUAUAAAUGGCACAUUGCAUAAUGAUGUAAAUGACACAUUACAUUAUGAUGUAAAUGACACAUCACAUAAUGAUGUAAAUGACACAUUCAAGGUACAAGAUAAUAGUUACACAUCUGUCAAAAAUUUUUACAAAAAUUUUUUUAAUUAUGGGCAUAAGAAAAUAACAAAUAUUACAAAUGAUAAAACUGAUAAAUUUACAAACUCUAAUCCAAAUCAAUCUUUAAAGAGAAUGGAAAACAAUAUUAAGUCUGUUAAUGAUUUUUAUGACAAUGAUUUGGAUUUCAUGGCAAAGAUAAUAACAAAAAAUACAGAUAAUAAUAAUGAUCCAAAUAGUUAUAUGGAAACUAAAUAUGUUUUUAAGUCUGGUAAUAUAGGACACUCUAUUAUAGGAGAAAAACCCAAGGUCAUAUAUUUACCUUUUCACGAUGUAACAGAAAAACAAUCUGUAAAAUUCUUGUCUAUUGUGUUAGAGAAUCUUUGUUUUAACACAUUAAAAAGAACUGUGGUUAUAUGUAACAACAUGGAAGAGGUACAAUCUGUUGCAUAUGCGAUAGAUUUAAUUCAAAAUUUUAAAGCAGUAACUUAUUCACCACAUUUGCAGAAAUACUCCCCUACAUUUGAAGCAAAAGCUAAAGUUAAAAUGAAAUUAAAAAAUGACUUAGACAUUCUUGUAACUGAUUGCAAAGGGUUUUCAGGAGCAGAAUCAGAAUCUGUAAUUGUGUUUGUGAGUCCACAAGAGGUUUAUCUUCGGCAUAUUCUUGUAGAUGCCAUGUCAAGAUCAAAUUCACAUUUAACAAUAUUAGUUUUAAGUUGCAAUGAUAAAGAAGCACCUCUAAAUAAAAAUGAAACUAUUGGAAAUGUGUUGAGUUAUUGGUCAGAAGACAUUGUUGAAAAUAUCAUAGUUGCAGUAUGCAAUAAAGAAGAUAAAAAAUCAACAGAUGGUUUCUUCAUCAUAAAUGAGAAUAGCAAAGAGUUUAUUGAUUGUGGAAACGAUAAUGACUUUGAAAAAUAUAAGGAAAAGUUACAGUUUAAAAUUUUCCAUGAAAACGACUUCAUAUAUGAAACUAUGGCUAUUGAUCUGUCUAAUCAAGCAAUAAAUAAGUUUAAAAAGGACAAAUUAGAUGUGUCUGUUUCACUGAAAAAAUUUUAUAUUCAAAAUUACGAAAAAAUUAAUGAGCUUCAACCAUCACUAAAAUCACCAUUAAAAGUUGAUUUGUUACACAAAUAUGUUAAUCUGUGCAUUGUUGAUGCGGUUAAUACUCAAAUGGAUGCUGUUUUUAUUGACGAACAACAAAAAAAAUUUAAUAAACAAAUAAAUUACACACCAAUACCAUAUAAAAAAAUUAUUACGAAUGAAAAGUCAGUAAUAUUAAUUUCAGGAAUAGCUGGUAUUGGCAAAACAUGGUUGCUCAGAAAAUGCUUGCUUGAUUGGUCAAAUGGUCUAAUAUGGAAAAAUAUUGAUGUUUUGUUUUAUUUGGAAUGUCGAAGACUUAAUCAAUACCAAAGUAUUUCUAAUAUAAACGAAUUACUUCAUGUUUUCUAUGGAGAUAUUUUAACAAAUUUUGACUUACAUAAUCACACCAUAAUGUUCAUAAUUGAUGGUUUAGAUGAGUUUAAAUAUUUAGACCAAUUAAUAAAUAACAGGUCUAAUUGUAACUACCCUAUUGUCAAUGUUAUAUCUGAAAUUCAAAAAUACAAAUCUGUAAUAGCUGGAAGAGGAUUUGCUAUUGAUAAAUACCGAAGAAUACAUAGUGAAAAUAAUGAAAUAUUAAAUAUUCAAAUUAUGGGAUUUAAUGAUGAUGGAAUAAAUGAUUAUAUAGAAAAUAAUGUUGUUGAAGAAAAAAAACAAAUUAUAAAAUCAGUUUUAAAUGAGUCACAUAUUGCAAAAGCUAUGGCAAAUGUUCCAUUUUAUUUAUCGUCUAUGUGUAAAAUUAUUUCUGAAUCAAAAAAUAAAGGCUGUUCCUUCUUAACUUUAACAGAUUUGUAUGCAAAUAUUUUUUUAUACUUUUUGCAAAAACAUAUAAAUAAAAACGACGAGUCAGUUUAUGACAUGAUUAAAAAUGAGAGUAAUAAACAAUAUAUUCUAAAUAUUUGCAAAAUUGCUUAUGAAGCCUUUAUUGAAAAUAAAGUCAUUUUUUCUAAAGAAGAAAUUAAAGUUUUUUUCAAUGACUUUGAUAAAAUUGAAGAUCAACUUUUUGGCUUUAUUGAAAAAAUUGAAACAAAUUAUGGCAUACAGUUUCAGUUUGCACAUUUAACAAUAAUGGAGUUCUGUGCAUCUGUUUAUGCAUAUAAUAGUUUUAGUAGUAAAGAGAUUAUGGCUAAUAAAAAGUUAGAAAGUUGUUUACCAAUGAUCUAUGGAUUAUCUAAUAAAAGAAGAAACAUUUUGUUGACAUAUUUAGCAAAUUUGAAAAGUUCCAACACAGAAAACAUAUCUUUGAUUCAUAUUUAUGAUCAAAUAGAUGAUUACGAUAUUCGGAAAAAAAUAUUUAUUCAAUGUUUUUACGAAAGUCAAUCAUCAAUUACAGAUGAACUAAAGUCGUUAAUCGAUAAUAAAUAUUGGAGAAUUUUGAUUGAUGAUGGAAAAACUUCUUAUGAAACUUCUUGUGAAAAUUAUUUCGUAAAUGACUUCAUCAAUUGGGGGAGAAAGUUAUCGGAAUUAUUUGUUCGAAAAAAUAAUUUAGAUGAAAAUGAAAAAAAUUUAAUUAUUAAAUGUGCUACAAAUGUUCAUCGUGUUUAUAUUUAUUGCUUUUUUAAAAUCAAUGGAUGGAUACCACAAAAUAAGAUUAAAAAGUUAUGGAUAACCUUAUCGGAUUAUAAAAUUUCAAAGCACGAAUUUGAAGAAAAUCUUCUUCCGUGGAUUAGUAUUUGUAAAGUUUUACAUCUUGCACUGCACGACGACACUGAUUUUAUUAAAGAUACCUUUAAAUGGCUACGUGCUUUAAAUCUCAAGUGUUCAAGGGUCAUCUACCGUGGAAAAAUUUAUUUUCGCAAAAUUUAAACGAGUCUGUAUUCAGCGUGUGUCUGGUGAUGGUGUCGAAGUUAUAUUAAUUGCUUGUGAUAGUAGCCAUCUUGCCGUUUUAGUAUGCUAUCAGAACUUGGAACUUCAUUAAAAGUAACGAAUAUGGUAUUUUCAUUUCCACAUCCACACAUAGCAAAUGAAAAAAAAAUUGUUUUCCUUGAUGUAUACCAUAUGCUAAACCUGAUGAGAAAUACAUUAGCAGAAAAAGGUAUUUUGUUUAAUUCUGAAAAACAAAAAAAAAUGCUGGAAAUACAUUAUAUAUUUACAAAGCUUCAAGAUGCAGAGGGUUCAAGAUGCGGAGGAUUCAAGAUGUAGAUGAUUCAAGAUGCAGAAGGUUCAAGAUGCAGAAGGUUCAUGAUGCAGAGGAUUCAAGAUGCAGAGGGUCUGAAACUUGGUAAUAAACUUAAAUCUCAAUAUAUAGAUUAGAGGCAACAGAAAAUGAAAUUUAACCUUGCAGCUCAAGUGUUUAAUUCCAGUGUUGUUGAUGCUAUCAAAUACUGUUGGGCUAAACUUAACUUUUUCUAUCCUAUUAAUUUUUUUAUUUACUUUUACAUAAACAAAUGCACUUCAAAUAAUUAAAUUUUAUAACAAGCAUUAAUAAAUAUACCUUUAUUUCUUUUAUUUUCUCUUUUGUUUUCGUGUAUAAUAUUUUAUCGGAUUUAUUAUUAAUUAACCAUUAUUUAUCAGCAUACAACUGAUAAAUGUUGGUAAUUUCUAUUCCUUUAUGAUUUAUACAAAUCUGUCAUAAGAUUUUUAUAAAUCAUAAAAAUCUUAUACAAAAAAUUAAUCAAAGUAAAAUUUCUUUAUAUAAUGGAAAUAUUCUUUUUGUGAUAUAUUUUGUGAUAAUGGUGAUAUUCUUUUUGUGAUAUAAUUUGCGAUAAUGGUGAUAUUCUUUUUGUGAUAUAUUUUGUGGUAAUGGUGAUAUUCUUUUUGUGAUAUAUUUUGUGAUAAUGGUGAUAUACUUUUUGUAAUAUAUUUUGUUAUAAUGGUGAUAUUCUUUUUGUGAUAUAUUUUGUGAUAAUGGUGGUAUUCUUUUUGUAUUAUUUGAGAGUUUCUAUAUUUCUUCGAUAACAUUAAAUUUGGAACA